AUGCAUUUGUCAAUGGAUACCUUGGGAAUGGUGGACGAUGGUUGCCUAGACAACUAUGACAUGGCGAAAGGUGCGGGGUCGAGUGGUGGAGGCAGGGUCCACAGCAUUGAUGUCAUACUUGGAUUCAGUAAAGACCAGGACCCGUUGCUCCAUACGGUAGGAGAUGAUGAGGCCCAAAAAGCCAAUGGAGGGAACUCAGAGGAGCCUGAAAAGCAGUUGUCUACCGACCCCUAUGGACACCUUCCAGGCCUGGCUGACAGCACCCAGCAUUCUUCCUACCAUGCGGUGGGAUCCGGAAAUUCGGGCCUUUUCCCCACGGAUAAGUGUGAUGCGGAGAUGGGCAGCAUCCAGAAGGACGUGAGCAAUGAGGAGGGGUCUCCAGAGCCCGCUAAAGAGGACGAUCACCCUAAGAAGAAGCACAGGAGGAACCGUACCACCUUCACUACAUAUCAGCUCCAUGAGCUGGAGCGGGCCUUCGAGAAGUCCCACUAUCCUGACGUCUACAGCCGGGAGGAGCUCGCCAUGAAGGUCAACCUGCCUGAGGUUCGCGUUCAGGUUUGGUUCCAGAACCGCAGGGCCAAGUGGAGGCGCCAAGAGAAAAUGGACACCAGCGCCAUGAAACUUCACGACUCCCCCAUGCUCUCGUUCAACCGUCCCCCAAUGCCCUCGGGCGUGGGGCCGAUGCCCAACCCGAUGCCCCUGGACCCCUGGCUCACCUCGCCCAUCUCCAGUGCCACAACAAUGCAUACCAUCCCGGGUUUCAUGGGUUCACCGCAAGGCCUCCAGCCUGCCUAUCCGAGCCACAGCUUUCUCAACACUCCUCCCGGCAUGGUCCAGAGCAUGCAGUCUAUGCCGCCGCCUCCCUACCAGUGCCCGCCCAGCUUUAAUGACAAGUACCCCAUGGAGGACGAGAGGAGCUCCAGCAUCGCGGCACUGAGGAUGAAGGCUAAAGAGCACAUUCAGUCUAUGGAUAAAACCUGGCAACAUAUGUGA